AUUGUUGACAUUUGUUUUGAAGUUGAAUUUGAACAUCUGGUAGCUCUUUUCUUUUUGGGUUUUGCGUCGCCUCGUGGUUGUUGUGUGCGCAUUAAAUAUACCCGUUUAUUUCUUUUAUUUUUAUUUAAAAUACACGUGUAAAAUAAAAGAAAAUAUCCUUACAAAAUGAGUUUGUAUAAUUUUAAAAAAAUUAUGGUGGUUCCGCCAGCAAAGGACUUUAUCGAUAUUAUGCUGUCGAAGACCCAGCGUAAGACUCCUACUGUUGUACACAAAGGUUAUAAAAUCUCCCGUAUUCGUGCCUUCUACACCCGUAAAGUGAAAUUUACCCAACAGAAUUUCCACGACCGUCUUUCGCAGAUUAUUCAAGAUUUCCCCAAGCUAGAUGAUGUACAUCCUUUCUAUGCUGAUUUAAUGAAUGUUUUAUACGACAAAGAUCAUUACAAAUUGGCUUUGGGUCAAUUGAAUACAGCUCGUCAUUUAAUCGACAAUGUCGCUAAGGAUUAUGUCCGUUUGCUGAAGUAUGGUGAUUCGUUGUAUCGUUGUAAACAAUUGAAAAAGGCCGCUUUAGGUCGUAUGGCCACUAUUAUGAAGAGACAAGCUUCAAAUUUAACUUAUUUGGAACAAGUACGUCAGCAUUUGUCUCGUUUGCCUACUAUUGACCCCUAUUCGCGUACCAUCAUUAUUUGCGGUUUCCCUAACGUGGGUAAAUCUUCGUUUAUCAAUAAAAUCACCAGAGCUGAUGUUGAGGUUCAACCUUAUGCUUUCACUACCAAAUCUUUGUAUGUUGGUCACACUGAUUAUAAAUAUUUGAGAUGGCAGGUCAUUGAUACCCCCGGUAUUUUGGAUCAUCCUUUGGAAGAACGUAACGUCAUUGAAAUGCAGGCCAUUACUGCCUUGGCUCAUUUACGUGCUUGUGUACUUUACUUCAUGGACAUUUCAGAACAAUGUGGUCAUUCCUUGGAAGAACAAAUUAAAUUGUUUGAAAGUAUCAAACCUCUAUUCACCAACAAACCUUUGAUUCUGGCCAUCAACAAAAUUGAUAUUCUAGGUGUAGAAGAUUUGCCCGUCGAAAAGAGACAACUAAUUGAGAAAUUACAGGAAGAUAAGGCAGUACCAGUAAUGUUAAUGUCUACUGUACAAGAAACCGGUGUUAUGGAGGUCAAAAUGGAAGCCUGUGAACGUUUACUCUCCUACAGAGUAGAUCAAAAGAUGCGCACCAAGAAGGUAGACAAUAUCUUAAAUCGUUUGCAUGUGGCAAUGCCAGCUCCCAGAGAUGAUAAGGUUAGAGCUCCUUGCAUACCCGAACAGGCUUUGGCUAGAUUGGAAAAGAAUGCCGCCAAGGCUGAACGUAAACGUAAGUUGGAGAAGGAAAUCGAAGAAGAAAUGGGUGAUGAUUACACUUUGGAUUUGAAAAAGAACUACACCGAUAUACCCGAAGAAGAACGUUACGAUGUCAUACCUGAAUUCUGGCAAGGCCACAAUAUUGCCGAUUACAUUGAUCCUGAUAUCUUUGAUAAAUUGGAAGAACUCGAAAGAGCUGAGGGUAUACGUGAAGAAGGUGGUGUCUAUGACUUGCCUGAUAUGACUAUGGAUGAAACACUUAAAGAAAUUCGUGAAAUGGCCAAGAAAAUCCGCGAGAAACGUUUCUUAUUGCGCGACGAAAAGCGUCUACAGCCCCGCAAAAACAAACCCAUCAUACCCAGACACAAACAACCCAAAGUACGCGAUCGUUCUGUCUCCAAAUUGGUGGAGACCAUGGAAAAUCUUGGUGUCGAUAUGUCUGGCUCUUCCAAUGCCAACUUCACAAAAUCUGUGGUCGAUUUAAGACGUGGUCAAAUUGCUGUCGGUUCAAAGAAGGAGCUCAAGAAACCUUUAUUGGACAAAGAAUCCUCCGCUGUUGUUAAGAAGACCGGCCAGCCAUUGAAACGUAAACCAGCACGUGAUACCAUGGGCAUUAAGAAUACCGCCAUGAAGAAGAAGGCCCAAGUUAUGGCCAAGAAAGACAUUGCUAAGAAGGUGGGACGUUUGUGUCUUAAGGGUGAAGCUGAUCGUUUUAUUGGUACUAAAAUGCCCAAACAUUUGUAUGCGGGCAAGAGAGGCAGCGGUACGGCCGAUAGACGUUAAGUUUUACUACCACUUACUACACUACCAUCUAUGGGCGGGCACACUUCUUUAGUUAAUACGGGGGAAUAUCUAGAUAUUUUUUUAGAAAA